GCGGGCGCGGGCGCGGGCGCGGGCGCGGGGCGGGGACCCGUCGCCCGGGCGGGACCCCGCCUGCCCCCGCGCCGGCGGCGGUGCGACCAUGAAGCUGAAGCUGAAGAACGUGUUUCUCGCCUACUUCCUGGUGUCGAUCGCUGGUCUCCUCUACGCGCUGGUGCAGCUCGGCCAGCCAUGUGACUGCCUCCCUCCUCUGCGGGCAGCAGCAGAGCAGCUUCGACAGAAGGAUCUGAGGAUUUCCCAGCUGCAAGCGGAUCUCCGUCGCCCACCGCCUGCCCCUGCCCAGCCCCCUGAACCUGAGGCCCUGCCUACUGUCUAUGUUGUUACCCCCACCUAUGCCAGGCUUGUACAGAAGGCAGAGCUGGUGCGGCUGUCCCAGACACUGAGCCUGGUGCCCCGGCUGCAUUGGCUGCUGGUGGAGGACGCUGAGGGCCCCACCCCAUUGGUCUCAGGGCUGCUGGCUGCCUCUGGUCUCCUCUUCACACACCUGGCGGUCCUUACCCCCAAGGCCCAGCGGCUCCGGGAGGGAGAGCCAGGCUGGGUUCGGCCCCGAGGUGUAGAACAACGGAACCGGGCCCUGGACUGGCUGAGGGGUGGAGGAGGUGCUGUCGGGGGAGAGAAGGACCCACCCCCUCCAGGGACCCGGGGAGUCGUGUACUUUGCUGAUGAUGACAACACCUACAGCCGGGAACUCUUUGAGGAGAUGCGCUGGACCCGUGGUGUCUCAGUGUGGCCUGUGGGGCUGGUGGGUGGCCUGCGAUUCGAGGGACCUCGGGUACAGGAUGGCCGGGUUGUGGGCUUCCACACAGCAUGGGAGCCCAACAGGCCCUUUCCAGUGGAUAUGGCAGGAUUUGCUGUUGCCCUGCCCUUGCUGUUGGCUAAGCCCAAUGCCCAGUUUGAUGGUGCUGCUCCCCGGGGCCACCUGGAGAGCAGUCUCCUGAGCCACCUUGUGGAUACCAAGGACCUGGAGCCCCGGGCUGCCAAUUGCACUCGGGUUCUGGUGUGGCAUACACGAACAGAGAAGCCCAAGAUGAAGCAGGAAGAGCAGCUACAGCGGCAGGGCCAAGGCUCAGAUCCAGCCAUUGAGGUGUGAUGGCGGCCCCACCCUGACUACCACCUCACUGGGCACAGACCUGUGGGACUGGGCCCUGGCCUGCCCGGGAUUCGGUUUGCCGAGUCCUGACCUCUCAGACCAGGGGGAGUCCCUUGGCCCCUUCAGCCCCAGGUUGUGGCCCAGCUGCUUCUACCCUCCCCCACCGUGCCAUGUGGCACUGCCCACAGGUUGGGACAAGCAGCCCUUGUAUUGAGCCAGGUCUGCCCUGUUGGGGGUGGAGCAGAAGGACAGAGAGAUGCAGGAGGGAGGGCAGCUAAGUAACUUAUUGGGGCUGGGCAUGCACUGGGGGGCUGGAGGAGUGGGCUGGACCCUCCCCACCUGAGCAUGCUGACCCCCUCCUACCUCCAGAAUAAACAAUCUCAACCCUU